AUGAUCGCCUUGGAUUUGAGCCAACUAGGAGGCAAGUUUUUUCAUUUAAUCUCAGACAAGCAAAAACAGAACCAUGAAGAAAUCAAAAGACUUUGUAAGCUUCAAGAUGCUGCUCCUUUUGUCGAUUAUUAUCUUCAUAUUUUUCAUAUAAGCAACGAAGUUUAUGAGCAUUUCCCAGAAUUGCUACCACAAAGACUUAUAGUUUAUUAUUACUACUCAAUUUUCAGAUACUCUGCAUGUUGCUGCUUCUUAAACUUUGAUCACUUUGGAGAAAAAAAGAUUGAGUAUCAGAAAGAGAUUGCAGAGACAUCUGACCAAUUAGGCGAAAUGAUUAACGAAAUAUUCGUCAAAAUUCCAACUCUUAUCAAACAGUAUAAGAGAAGAAAAUAUUUCAUCUCUUAUUUCUGUGAAGGUUCAUUUAUUUAUAAUAACUUAACCAUUUCAAAAGCAAAUAUUGAAAAUCAAAUAUUCGACCUAGUUUGGAAUUAUGCAACCCUAGCUCAAAAAUUUUGUAUUAGGCUUUCAGAAAUUGGCAUGGAAUAUAAAAAAAUGAGACGCCCUAUUCUAAGAACAGAUGCAUUUAGUGAUCGUUCAAGUUUAUUUCCACAGGCGUUUCAACUCUGUCAAUAUAAUUUUUUCACAUCUCGGGAAGAAUGGCUUAGCAGCGUUGACAAUAUUUAUGUAGAGAAUAAGGGAAUCUUCGGAAAGCAUAAUCUCUAUCCUACAAUAUAUCAUUAUGGGGAUUUAUAA